GUCAUAAAUGCAGAAAUUAGUCAAAAGUCAUUAGUAUUUAUAUUCCAAGUUUAUUUUAGAUUUAAGUUUGUUCGAUAUUUUCCACAAUAAUGCUGCACUAGCCUAUAUUUAGGACGUUAGAUAAUGGCCAAUGGAUGGUGAAAAACACGAUUUUUUAACUCUUCGUGAAGCGGAAGAUGAAAAUACUAGUUGUACAUCAUCCUGUCACGAUAGAGCUCUUCUAAACAUCAGUGGGUCGAGAUUUGAGGUAUUAUGGAGUCUAGUUKAUGCCCAACGCUUAACCCGCCUUCAAACUCUCCACAAGAACCACACGUAUCACAGUGGCUGGGAAAAUGCGUGCGAUGGCUACGACAAGGAACGCGAUGAAUUUUUCUUUCAACGCGAUCCUGUGGUCUUUACUAGCGUCUUGAAUUUCUAUCAAACGGGAAAAAUCCACAUUCCACGGUCGGUUUGUGUGGAGCACUUCCAGAGCGAAAUUGAGUACUGGGGAAUACACCUUAAAGACAUUGAUGACUGCUGCCAUCAUCACUUUCAACAAGAAACUGAAGUGGUCGAUAACAUGAGGAAAAUCAAGACUGUCUUCAAGAAGAACGUCGCCAAAGCGMAAUCGUAUCAUAGACGUAUGACGCUGGUUCCUCAAAGUGGAGGAUGGUUCAAAGUCCGCGCGAGGCUAUGGGAUCUUUUUGAAAACCCCAAAUCAUCGCGGGCUGCCAAGGUUGUUUCUUUUCUGUCGACAUUCUUCGUUGUGUUGUCUACAAUCGCGCUCUGUCUUAACACAAUCCCUUCUUUACGCGUAAAAGAAAGUGGUAAGAUGUCAGACAACCCAACGUUAGCCGUAGUGGAAGCUGUAUGCAUUGCGUGGUUCACGUUUGAGUACAUUACAAGAUUUGUGUCGUGUCCGGAUAAAAUUCCAUUCUUAAAGAGCUUGAUGAACACUAUUGACCUACUGGCUAUUCUACCAUACUUUAUAACUUUGAUAUUUGAAGCAUUUGACAAUGAAGUGGAUGAUCGACUUAUCGACUUUCGUAGGUUUGUCCAGAUACUGAGAAUUCUACGAAUUGCAAGGAUUUUCAAGAUGGCGCGUCAUUCCAUCGGUCUCCAGACGCUUGCCUACACUUUCAAACACAGCUCAGCAGAACUUGGUCUUCUUCUACUGCUUCUUCUCAUGGGAAUGACAUUGUUUUCGUCGCUUGUUUACUUCGCAGAGGAAACAAGCUCAAGUACACACUUUACAUCUAUCCCAGAAGGCUUUUGGUGGGCAAUUAUUACUAUGACAACCGUUGGAUAUGGAGACAUGUAUCCCACAACCUCCCUCGGUAAAUUAAUUGGAUGUGUYUGUUGUACAUCCGGGAUCAUCUUUAUCGCCCUCCCUAUUCCGACCAUAGUCGGAAAUUUUUCACAGUUUUACAAAGACCAAAGGAAAAACGCAGAGGUUUUGAGGCGAGUGGAAGACGGGGUUUCAAUGAUGGAUGAUGAUGGCAUCGGUAUCCAUCGACCUCUCGAUUUGGAAUCGGGGAACAGUCGGAAAGGCUAGGGUUAAAACUACAAAAAGUAUGAAUCAUUGAUUUAAAUCAUGAAUAAAAAAACCUCAGCUAAUAAAUAAAUAAUGAAAAAGCUAUCGGCAACCUCUCGAAAAAAAACUCAAAGCCGCAAAUUUGAGAUAUAUUGCCUUUUUAUAACUUGAUUUUAGAAAGAGAGAAUUUUGUACUUUUUUCACUCUGAUCUUGUACAUUUUCAUGAC